UAAACACCUGUGACAAGAAGAUUUAACUAGUAAUUUGACGCAGUUUACUGCAGAUAUGAGGUAGCUGUAGUGAACUGGGCAGUGUUUUUAAAAUAAGUACUUCAUUUUGUCACGUCAUCAUUUUUUUUUUAAACUUACAAUAAUGUACAGUUCAUCACGUAACAGCGGACACCUGAGGGCAGAGGAUUGUUCUGGAAGCAGCACUCACCUGUGCAUCCUCCGCAACCUUAAACCCGUCCAGAGACACGAGGUUGAGAGUAACGUUAGUCUGUUUAAUGUGGCAAGUGAAGAGGACGAUGAAGUCCAGUUUGACACUUCCGACACAGAAAAUAACCGUGAGAUGUUGAUGGCUGGCCGACAUUACCCGUCGGUCCAAGAGUUUGCCUCGGCGAUCCCCAACCACCUUCUCCUGGGCUCUCUCCUGGAGCACCUGUGCUUCGUCUACGAGAGCAACCCAGCUCGCUCACGUACGCUGUUUAAAGUCAUUGGCCAGCGUUUAGCUGCCAUGAACCUGCUCUCACCUCUGGCCAUAAGUGACGAGUUCAGCACCGUCAGACUGCAGCACAACCGGGCCUUCACUGAGCUGCUGCAUGCCGCCAGCUCCUCGCUGUAUCCACAGGGCCAACAAGGUCUCGGCACAAACACGCACGGUCCCGCUGUGAGACCGAAGGAGGGACUGUUUCAAGCGCAGACGUCCCGGUAUCUUAGCGAAUUUGAAGAAAUAUUGCGAGUCGGAAAAGGAUCCUAUGGAAAUGUCUUUAAGGUUAUGAACAAACUGGAUGGACAGUAUUACGCUGUGAAGAAAAUCCUCAUCAAGAAAGUGUCAAAGGACGACUGCAUGAAGGUCCUCAGGGAAGUCAAAGUGUUGUCCAGCCUGCUGCAUGUCAGUGUUGUGGGCUAUCACACGGCGUGGAUGGAACAUGUUCAGCCCGCGGGGUAUCCUGAGCCUCUCCUACCUGCACUGGAGUCACCUGUACAACACGACAGCGCUGACGAGAGCUCUGACAGCCGCAGCUCCUCGAUAGUUUUCCAAAGUCUCAGUCAAGCAUCGACAGACUCGAGUGCCGAAGUUCCUGCAGGAGAGAUCGAGCCCGUCAAGGCUUUAGUUCCAACACAAGAGAAGGGCCAGGUGGUGUGUCCCAAAACGAUGAGCCGGAUUCCCAAAAACUACGUCCCCUGUGUGUUCCUGGGACAGCGAGGUCUCCCGAAGAGCUCCAAAUGUCCUGCCAUGGGCUGGGACGGCUCGGCAGUGUUGGAGGACGACUCCAGCAGGAGUAGCAUCGAGCCGAACAACAACUCCUGCGUCGACGAGGAGUUUCAGCAGUGGGCCGACAAUCGCACAACGAAGCCUCCCAAAGAGGUACAGUUCCACCUGAUGCUCUACAUCCAGAUGCAGCUGUGUGAGCGCUCGCUGAAGGACUGGAUCUCUGAGAGGAACUCCAAGCCCAAAGAAGAACAAACCUCCAGAUGUCCUUAUGGAUGUGUUGACGCCGAACACACACUCGGCCUGCUGAGAAAGAUACUUGAAGGAGUGGAGCACAUUCACUCCAGGGGGAUCAUGCACAGAGACCUGAAGCCAAGGAACAUUUUCCUGCACGGGCAUGACUGCCACGUUCGGAUUGGGGACUUUGGUUUGGCGUGCAGGGCCAUAAUAAUGGAUGGCCAUAAAAGCACCACCUCUCCCAGCUGUGAUUCCUCGCACACUGAAGGUGUUGGUACAUUUGUGUAUGCUGCACCAGAACAGCUGAGGGGCUCCCAUUAUGAUUCAAAGUCAGACAUGUACAGCAUCGGAGUGCUGGCUCUCGAGCUGUUCCAGCCCUUUGGGACAGAGAUGGAGCGGGUGCGGACCCUUGGGGACAUGAGAGAGGAGAAAAUCCCCGACUCGUUCUGCCAGAGAUGGCCAGUUCUGACCAAAUACAUCAAGAAGCUGACGAGUACAGAGCCCAGUGUUCGGCCCACAGCCAGCGAGCUUCUACAGAGUGAACUCUUCUGCAGUAAAGACAUAGUGAUCCAUGGUUUGCAGAGAAGGGUUGAAGAGCAGGAGGAAGAGAUCAUGCAGCUAAGGAGACAGAUCAGUCGGCUUCAGAGCUCAGAAGAAGAUUUCUCUGAGUCGGACAAGACCUGAGGCUUUACGAUCUUCCCUCCACAGACUUUUAAAGCUUGAUUAAUCAAACCACUGCUGUACUACGUUUUGGUGACUUGGUACAAGUGGUAGAGCGUGUGUAUAAGCAUUUGAGUGUGUCUUGUACACCUGGAUGUAAGGGUGCAAUUAUUUAUUUCCAUUUAGCGGUUUAAUAAAACUUACUUCUGCUACAUCA